AGAGGCCUCACGUCACUGACAACGAACCAAAUCCAACAACCAAGAAUCUUAUGCACCUUGAUUGAUUACACCCAAGCCCUCUCUCAGAUUGAGAUCAACAUCCUGGGGCAUCCCCUACAAAGAACAUCCAAAGAACUUCUAAAAGAGACAACCACCCGAUUUGGAGAUUCCCUAAUCGGAAACAACCCCAAGGUCAUCGGACACGUUUGCCCCCCCUGGCAUCAUUCGCUUAGCACUAGCUUCCAAGCCGAACCGGUAAAAGAAAUACGCAGAGCCACAAAAAAAAAAAACACAAUGCCACCCAACAAGGGUCUCGUUCACCUCAAGGAGUAUGACAUCAAGGAUAGCAAUGUCGAGCUGAUUGGCAGCGCCCUCGACCACCGCGUCAAGUACCAGUCGGCGCAGACUGAACCGGCCUGGAACGACGGCCGCGUCGGCAUAGAGCCGGGAUUGCUGGUCUGGCGGAUCGAGCGCUUCGAGGUCGUACCCUGGCCGCGCGAUCGGUACGGCCAGUUCUACGACGGCGACAGCUACAUCGUCCUGCACUCGUGGAAGGUCGGCAAGGAGAACCAGGAGGGGCAGCAACAGGCGGCCGACAGCGAGCAGGAGCAGAACAAGCUCGGCCACGAGAUCUUCUUCUGGCUCGGCCGGUACACGAGCCAGGACGAGGCCGGCACCGCCGCCUACAAGACGGUGGAGCUGGACGAGUUCCUGCGCGGGCGCGCCACCCAGCACCGCGAGCUGCAAAAGUGCAUGUCUGACGAGUUCGUGGCCCUCUUCCCGCGCAUCAAGAUCCUGUCGGGCGGCGUCGAGUCCGGCUUCCGGCGCGUCGAGGAGGACCCCGAGGAAAAACAAGACUACGUCACGCUGCUGCGCGUCUUCAAGCUCCCCGGCGGCAAGGCCGGGCGCGACUCGAUCGUCGUGCACGAGGUCGACGCCAGCGCCGCCAGCCUCGACGACAAGGACGUCUUCGUCCUCGACACGGGCAGCAAGAUUUGGGUCUGGCAGGGCCGGGCCUGCUCGCCCAUGGAGAAGGCCAAGGCCGCGCAGGUCGUGCACGACAUGACGCUGGCCAAGCACGUCGAGGUCGAGGUGCUGUCGCAGACCGAGUCGCGCCACAGCGUCGUCGUGUCCAUGCUCGGCGGCAAGGACGAGUACGGCCCUAGCCACGAGUUCAAGUGCGCCAGGCCGGUCGGGACUAGAUCGGGAGAGGACUCGUCACAGUCGCAACAGACGCAGCAGCGGAGGAGGCCUCGCCGCCUCUGGCGCCUCAGCGACGCGUCCGGGCGGCUGGAGUUUACGCUCGUCAAGGACGGAGAGCCCCUGUCGCCGCGGGACCUGGACGGCAACGACGUCUUCCUGCUCGACGACGAAGGGCGCGAGAUCUGGAUCUGGGAGGGCCGCGGGGCCAGCAAGGCGGAAAAGGCAUCGUGGCUCAGGGUCGCGCAGCACUAUGUGCGACGCACCCUGGAGCAGGAAGGUGGCGAUGAAGACGAUCUCUACUCGACGCCCAUUGCCAAGGUAAAGCAGGGCGACGAGACGCAGGGCUUCAUGAGGGCGCUUCAAGCCCAUUGAUCAAAAUCACGAUACGCAAGCAAUUCUUGUAUAGUAGGUAAGGUAUCCAAAAGUGUGCCUCUGCAAAUGCUGUUUAUUGCUAUGGGGUUGAUCCCUUGAUGAUUUAGAUCAUCGCCGUAAGCUGCGAUGAAUCCAUGAUGAUGCAGUAGCCCCCGCCUCUUACACUUCAAUCACGUCAAUCGAGCACCAGCGCUAUUCUCUAGAUUGUGGUAUUUGGUGGCAAAUGUAGGCAUUGGCACGGGAUGGCGAAGCGGCUCGUUACUAUUAUUGGAUUGCCUUAGAACCAGUAUUUGGACACGUGAAUGGAUAUGAACUCAACCGACGAGAAACAAGUACCAGUCCC